AAUUUGUCCCUUUCGGGGAUCCGUCCUGGCGUCUGCCUGCAGCAAGAUGGCGGCUACAUCAAUGUCAGUCGCGCUGAGGCAAGCGCUGUUGGGGAGAAGGGCAACAGCUAUAGCUGCCAUUUCUGUUUCCAGGGUUCCGACCAGGUCUUUGAGCACUUCCACAUGGAGGCUGGCACAGGACCAAGCUCGAGAUUCGCAACUCAUAACAGUUGAUGAAAAAUUGGAUAUUACUACUUUAACUGGUGUUCCAGAAGAACAUAUCAAAACUAGAAAGGUCAGGAUCUUUGUUCCUGCUCGCAAUAACAUGCAGUCUGGAGUAAACAACACAAAGAAAUGGAAGAUGGAGUUUGAUACCAGGGAGCGAUGGGAAAAUCCUUUGAUGGGUUGGGCAUCAACGGCUGAUCCAUUGUCUAACAUGGUUCUAACCUUCAGUACUAAAGACGAUGCGGUUGCCUUUGCAGAAAAAAACGGAUGGAGCUAUGACGUUGAAGAGAGGAGGGUUCCAAAACCCAAGUCCAAGUCUUAUGGUGCAAACUUUUCUUGGAACAAAAGAACAAGAGUAUCCACAAAAUAGGUUGGCACUGACUAUAUCUCUGCUCUUGACUGUGAAUAAAGUCAGCUGUGCAGUAUUUAUAGUCCUUGUAUAAUGCAUCUUUUAAUCUCUUAAUAAAUUUGACCUUUAAACU